GAAUAUCUUUGGUCCGCGUGAAACUUGCUUGCUUGAGAAUACAGAGUCAGAGAGAAAGCACAGCACACCAAAACAACAGAGAGACUAAAGAAGAAGAAGAAGAAGAAAACCAAGGUCACCACCACUGAUCGAUCUAAUCCAAAGAUGUCGACGAUUGUAGAAGAGAAGAAACCGAAAACUAAGAUCGUUUGCACGCUGGGACCCGCAUCUAGGUCUAUUCCCAUGGUCGAGAAGCUUUUGCGAGCAGGUAUGAACGUUGCCAGAUUCAACUUCUCUCACGGUUCUCAUGACUAUCAUCAGGAAACUCUUGAUAAUCUUAGAGCCGCCAUGGAGAAUACUGGUAUUCUUUGCGCCGUCAUGCUUGAUACUAAGGGGCCUGAGAUUCGUACUGGAUUUCUCAAGGAUGGCAAACCUAUCCAACUGAAACAAGGUAAUGAAAUAACUAUUUCGACCGACUAUAGCCUAAAGGGUGAUGAGAAUACGAUCUGCAUGAGCUACAAAAAGUUGGCUGAGGAUGUGAAGCCCGGGAGUGUCAUACUCUGCGCAGAUGGAACCAUAUCAUUUACAGUUUUAUCAUGUGACAAAGAAUUGGGUUUGGUUCGAGUCCGCUGUGAGAACUCUGCUGUUCUAGGCGAGAGAAAGAAUGUUAAUCUGCCUGGAGUUGUAGUGGAUCUUCCCACUUUGACUGAGAAAGACAGGGAAGAUAUUAUGGUUUGGGGUGUUCCCAAUAAAAUUGACAUGAUUGCACUAUCUUUUGUUCGAAAAGGUUCUGAUCUGGUGCAAGUUCGGAAACUGCUAGGACACCAUGCUAAGAACAUUCUUCUCAUGUCAAAGGUUGAAAACCAAGAAGGGGUUGCAAACUUUGAUGAUAUCCUUGCAAAUUCAGAUGCAUUUAUGGUGGCACGUGGUGACCUUGGAAUGGAAAUUCCAAUUGAGAAAAUAUUUCUAGCACAGAAAGUGAUGAUUUAUAAGUGCAAUAUCCAAGGAAAGCCUGUUGUUACUGCAACCCAGAUGUUGGAGUCAAUGAUCAAAUCUCCCAGGCCAACCAGAGCUGAAGCUACAGAUGUCGCCAAUGCAGUUCUGGACGGCACAGACUGUGUCAUGCUUAGCGGUGAAACUGCUGCUGGAGCUUAUCCAGAACUUGCUGUUCGAACUAUGGCUAAAAUUUGUGUUGAAGCUGAGAGUACCAUUAACUAUGGAGAUGUAUUUAAAAGGAUAAUGGAGCACUCACCAGUACCCAUGAGCCCAUUGGAGAGUCUAGCUUCUUCUGCAGUUAAAAUGGCCAACUCAGCUAAAGCAGCACUUAUAUUGGUUUUAACUAGAGGAGGGAGUACUGCAAAAUUAGUGGCUAAAUACAGGGCUGGCAUGCCAAUUCUUUCUGUUGUCGUUCCUGAGAUUAAGACUGACACUUUUGAUUGGUCCUGCAGUGAUGAGGCCCCUGCCAGACAUAGCUUGAUAUUCCGAGGAUUGAUUCCAGUACUCAGCGCAGGUUCUGCUAGAGCUUCUCACACAGAAACAACAGAAGAGGCACUAGACUUCGCCAUUCAGUAUGCCAAAACAAAGGGUCUCUGCAAUAACGGGGAUUCUGUGGUGGCUCUGCAUCGCGUGGGUGUCGCAUCAGUCAUCAAAAUCUUGACUGUGAAAUGAUCUCCUAUUAAAAGGAGUUCUUCAGCUGCUUUUGGCAAUUUUUGAUGGUGGGAAAGAAGUUUUAUCAUACAUUUUUCAUUCCUAAUUGGAUGCAGAACAUCAGUCAGAAUUUUUUUUGUUAUUAGGGAUACAUACUCCCUGUUUUAGAAUUAUUCAUAUAUCAUUGUUUCUUCGCCUUAUUAUUGUUUCCACUGCGGUAAGUGGUGAUGCAUGAUGCUUUUUGUAAACCUAAAAGGUGACCAAUUUCUGGCCUAUCAGUUUUGAUUUGUUUUGAUAGAGAAGGUUAUGGUUUUUAUAUUGGGAAAUGUUAACACUUAUUUUAAUUAUUCGUCAUCAUUUUCAACACUUAUUUUAAA